UUUGGAUGUAUGACAGUCCAGAUGUAUGAGAACGCCAAAAGUGGCUGUUUGUUGUGCUCGAUUUUCUUCUUCAAAGAUCGACCCUCAACAACCCGACUGUACCUAGGCAUACAUUCCCUCUAUUCACCUCCUAUCAUCCACCAAAAUAAUAAACAAUUAAUUAAUUAUUCCUACAACCCUCGCCCACCCAUACCGGCAUCUCACAACAACCGCAAUCUCUUUUUAUUAUCUACAUAUACGCUCUGAUCAAGUCACCCAGCGAAAAAUAAUAAUUGUUUGAGACUCUCUCGGUGGAACAGUUUGUCCGAUCGUCUCCAGGAUCGUUGUUGGUUAGCUGACCCGCUCCGACAUCUUGUCGUAGUGCAAUCAUCACCACUGAAGUGAGUGUUGUUGUGUUGUGACCACUUGCAGCUGUUGUUGUAAUCACUUUCCUUGUCUGCAGGGCAUCCAACAACAUGGGUUCCUCCAACCACCACCACCACCAUCACCCUGGCUCUGGCUCACUCGCCGGGAACCCACAUGGCUCGAGCCAUCCCAGCACUCCCACUAGCUCCAACCCACUAGUCCCUGCCGCCGAUCCAGAUCCUUCAAACUGCCAGCCUAGUCACCUGCUCCCCUCAGAGGACUGCCUGCUACCCUCAACCCCCAUCAGCAGCCAUCAUCAAGCCUUCGUCUCCUCCCCAUCCAUCUCUCUCUCCCUCUCCUCACUCUCCUCAACCAAGCCGAUCCAUCACUCCGGCGCCAACUCCGGCUCCACCAGCUCAUCCACCUGCUCAUCCACCUGCUCAUCCCCUCCCUCCUACAAGUACUCCACCCUCCCCCCUUUCUACCCUCAAGCCGCCGGAUACCGAUGGUCGACCACCCCCUUCCGUCAGAUCAGAUGCCAUCCACUCCACUUCCUCAAGUCGCGUCUCUCCCCACUCCUCUUCCUCACCCUCAUCUUCGCAAUCGGCUAUCUCCUCGGCUCCCAUUCCCGAUCCCAUCCGCAAUCCAUCCCCGCCUCACAGCAACUCGCUCGCUUCGUCCUCCGUCAGCCACGUAUCCCCUUCCUCGUCAACCUCGCCUCCUCGCCUCCUUCUCCUGCUCCUCCGGCUCAAGAUCACUCCCUCCAAGUCGGUCGAUCGAAAGACAAGAUACCCUCGAUCGUUCACUAUGUCUUUGGUAUGGCACCCGACUUUGGUGGAAAGGUAGUACUCAAUCUGAUUUCAACUCCAUUUGGGUUCAUUCACUACGCAUCCAUCCAAUCGGCCGUCCAAAUCCUGCGGCCGAAGGAGAUCCAUUUCCACUACCAUUACGAGCCGACGGGCUGGUGGUUCGAGCGUGCCCAGGAGAUCGACGGCUUCAAGCUGGUCAAAGAACGAGACGUCUCCGAGAUCUACGGCCGUCCUGUCAAGCAUUUCGCUCAUAAGGCUGAUAUCAUCCGGCUCGAGGCUCUCCGAGACUACGGCGGUAUCUACCUCGAUCUGGAUGUGUUUGUGGUGCGGAACUUCGACAGCCUGCUGAACCUGGAAGUCGUUCUGGGCCAGGAAGCCCGACCCCGGCCGACGUUCUCACGGCGACCCGGCUCGGAAUCGGUCGACGAGCCCGUCGGACUCUGCAAUGCGAUCAUCCUCGCCAAGCCCUUUGCGCCCUUCAUCACCCGCUGGCUGUCCUCCUAUCGCUCCUUCAACCACCAUCGAUGGGCCGACCAUUCUUCCGUCAUUCCUUGGGCCCUCGCUCAGGCUCAUCCUGACGAACUCACCGUCCUUGGCCCCCGUGCUUUCUUCUACCCUCUCUGGCAUGAAGAUGAUCUAUGGUUAGUCCACAAGACGACCGAUUGGGAUUUCGACCGAUCCGAACAAUUUGCCUACCAUGCAUGGAGCUCGAUCAGCCAUGCCAAUUAUCUGCAGUCGCUGGACCCGGACCGGAUCCAUGCCUCUGGAGGGCCCGAGCGAGGCGAGAGCAGCUUCACCUACUUCGUCCGUCGGUUCAUCCACGACUCGAUCCGCGAGGAAUGGAGAGAGGCUAAGGCUAAUCGCUCCCUCACCUUCUGA